CUCUCUCUCUCUCUCUCUCUCCCUCCUGCCUUGCACUUUUUCUCUCUCUAAAACACACUCUCUCUCUCUCUCUCUCUCUGUUCUGUUUUUGUUCAGUUGGUAGCUGCUAACUUGCGCACAGACAACUGCCUAUCCUGCGCAGCCUGAGAUGUCGCCGGCGGUGGUUUAUGUGAUAAGAAUAUCAAAGCUACAUCAUGAUGGCCCACUAGGGAAGAUAAGAUCAGACGGUCGAUAGAUCAAGAGUGUAGUGGGACCCACAUAAAUGGACGGUCAGCAGAGCACGGCGAAGCUGAAGAGGACACAGUCCUCUCUCCUCCGCUCAUCUCCGACCAUCAGAUCCUCAAUCCAAACCCUAUCUUCCGUAAACGAGAUCAGACAAGACGAAGAAGACGAAGAGGAACAAAAGCCCCACAAACCCGGUCCAUCCCCGGUUCGCCGCCAUUCUGGCCGGUUCGCCCCGUUUUUCGCCCUCCUCUCCCUCUCUCUCUGCACCCUCUUCCUCUAUUUCGGCAGAGACGACAUACCCACCUCGGAAAACCUCCUCUUAGCCCUGAUUUUCGUCGCCAUCGCUCUCUUCUUCGCUGGCAAAAACAAGGGUUUGAUUCACCAAAGCUUUUUGAUUCUCUCCAAGCGACUUGGGUUCUCGCAGAACAACCACAAACCGGUCCAAUGGUUCAUCGGCGAGUCGAUUGUGUCGAAAAAAGACCGAAAAUCGAAGCGAAUUGUCAGAGAAGGGGUUGAAUUUUACAGCAAUGGUGAUUUCUAUGAAGGGGAGUUUCACAAAGGGAGGUGUAAUGGGAGUGGAGUGUACAAUUACUUUGUGAAUGGGAGGUAUGAGGGAGAUUGGGUUGAUGGGAGGUAUGAUGGGUAUGGGAUUGAGAGCUGGGCGAGAGGUAGUCGGUUUCGAGGACAGUAUCGGCAAGGUCUCCGGCAUGGUUAUGGAGUUUAUAGGUUUUAUACAGGGGAUGCUUAUGCAGGGGAGUGGUGUAAUGGGCAGAGCCAUGGUGUUGGAAUGCAGAGUUGCUCCGAUGGAAGCAGUUAUGUUGGUGAAUUCAAGUGUGGAGUCAAGCACGGCCUCGGUUCUUACCAUUUUAGGUGAAUUCUUCAACUUCGAUUCGACUCUGUUUUUUAUCUGUUUCCUUACAAUAUAUAAUUUUUUGUUUGGUGAUCUGUUUUCGAAAAUUAAACUACCCUUUUUUCAGAAAAUAUUAUUGGAAGUUAGUUUGUAAUUUUCAAAAAUUUGUGUUGACACAAAAAUGAAAACGAAGAAUAGACGGGAAGAUAUGCUAUUUGGACAUUGUUAAUGAUUAAUAU